AACAAUUCCCACUUUCCCAGCUGUCUCGACUAGAACAUGAAUCCGAUAUGGUGGUGUGAAUAGUUAAGAUGAUUGGGUUCCAAUGCUGAAGUCGAAUAACGAGUAGGGUUUUGUUAAUAAUAGGAGCGCAUUCUGUCAUUUAGUCUAUUAUGAAAUGCGCCGCUCUCCCCCACUUUAAAGUCCACGGACCCCGGCCAGUUACAUGAAUGGGGCAGCUGGACACGUGAGUUUGUUUCAAUGUGGUCUCCCCUCUUAGCGCUGGAGAAAUUCUCAUGUUUUCUCUGGCAGCGGGCCAGUUUUUUUGUCUUGUGUUGUCCCCCUCCCUCGCCUUUCCUCCUCACCCCGGUUAUCCACCAGCCACGGGAAAGUUUUUUUUUCUUCCUCAUCCUCAUUCAUUGAGUAGGCUAGUUUUGUGUGUGCUGCUGUUGAGAUGCAGUUAGAAUGCAUACAGUUUAUGUAGUUUAGCUAAUCAGUGGAAAAUAUCUCCUCCUCGCCUGAGUUCUCACAUUUUUUGCAAUUUUCAGUCCGGUCAUCGCAGAGUGUGUAUUUGACAGUGAAUGCCGUCACCGCUUCCUUUUCAAUAUAGGACUCCCGCCCAUUUGUAACGACAGGAUCUGAAAUUCCAAUCGAUCACAGGCUUAUUUUAUCACCAAAGCUACCCCCACCCACUUCUAUAGACUGAGUAGACGGUGUUUUUUUUCUGAGCCAAAUACUGAAGUGGGCAGCACGUGCUGUUCAUAAUAAAGUCAAGCAAAAUCUCUCGAGCGUUUUUUUCCCCCUUUUGUUUUCCUUUUGAGUAGCGCCAACUCACUCCGUUUAAGUUUGAUACGCGGCGGUCUAUUCGUGCAUUAGUUUACAACAAGAGGAUCGGAUCCCCCCCUCUCAAGCUCGCGCACCAGGACGUCCGGUGGCUGGCGGUGUGGUCGCCGUGUGCAGGCAGACAGGCGGGAUAGGCUCCAGGCGGACCGGGUGUUGUAGCCUAGACUAGACGGUGCUACAGGCGGGAGAGAUUACUAUUUGGUACAAAGUCACAAUGAGUGCACGCGGUGAAGAAGCCGGUGAGAGUUCAGGGACCGGGACCCAAGAUCCGGAGCCGGCUGCGGGUGCGUCUUCGGAGGCGCCAGCAAAGCGUGGACCUGGCAGACCAAGGAAGCCAGUAAAGGAACCCACAGGGGAGCCUGUCCCCAAACGACCGAGGGGCCGCCCCAGAGGCAGCAAGAACAAGGGGCCGUCCAAGAAAGCCCUGGCUAGCGGAGAGAAGAGACCAAGAGGAAGACCUAGGAAAUGGCCACAGCAGGUGGUCCAGAAGAAGCCCCCUCAGGAAGAAGAAGAGGAGGAGGAGGAGGAGGAAGAGGAGGAGUCCGGAGAAGAGGACUAAAGAGCCACACCAUUUGACCUCUACCUCAUCCAUGGGUCAGUUGAUCCUCCUGGGGAUGCAGCUGCCUUGACCACUUUUUAACCACGUCGACACACAACCUCUACUGAUAGUCCACUUCUAUCGAACCGCUUUCAUUUUUCUCCUUUUGUUUAUUUGGUUUAUUUUAUUCUGGGAUGAACACACGUUGUUCCUGAAAGUGGGAGCCGUGAAAAGAAAACAACAUAUUUGACAACAGAUUCCACCUCUUUGCAACACGUUUUUUUUCUCCAAGUGCUCGAUGUACAGGGGUGCUAGGGUAGGACACAGAAGUAGCUGUGGUUGCUCCCCUUCCCUUCCCCUCACCCAUCCUCCCCCACUCCCCCCUCACCCAUCCUCCCCCACUCCCCCCUCACCCAUCCUCCCCCUUCGCCUUACACUACUCUCUCGAUGUUGACUGUUAGUCCGGCUUUCUUGACCAAGAGACAGGAACUGAACCGUCUGUUAUCAUCACUCACAGAUUCAUUCAUAUUGCUUCUUUUUCACUACAUAAGUAGAAGGAUCUAGAACACACAGACACACACACAGACAUACAGACACACACACAGACAGACAGACACACAAACAAACAGACAGACACACAGG